AUGACAUCCUCAAAAAAUUUUCAUUUCAACAAUCCUCUACGUCAUCAUCCACUUUGCAUUGCGAUUUUAUUUACUCUCAUCUUGCGCGUAGACUCAGCUUUCGUUCCCUCUCCUCGAUAUUCCGUUAGUUCCAUAUUAGUCGAUAAAAGAUUAUUUUUUUUUGGUGGGCUGGCUAAAGAUUCGGACGGUACCGAGAGUUGUCAGAGUAGCGUUUACUAUCUGGAUAUAUCAACCUCUUUUGAUACCGACAACAUACCGUGGACUGACCUCACAAAGACUGCCAGCAUACCCGAGAGAAUUUGUUGGCAAGUCAACGGUGGAGGGGUGAACAGUUCCAUUGUCUAUUUGUUCGGAGGAAUAACUCAAAAUAACUUGACCAAAGAAGUGAUUUCUGAUACUUUGGUAUUCGCUUUUGACACGAAAACUCAACAAUGGACUAAACCUUCAAUCUCGGAUACUCCUCCUGAAAGAAGAAGAGAACUAUCUGUCGUCCAGGAUAACUCGGGAAAAAUGUUCAUCUUUGGUGGUUUAACUGAUCCGUUGACUGGAUCCCGAUCCACAACCUGGUUUAAUGAUAUGUCCAUUUUAGAUAUUUCAAAUUUAUCCUGGUUAUUCGUCGAGACUUCUGGUAUCGAUAUUCCUCCCCCACAAGCUGAUUUUACCGCUACCAUGCUAUCAAACGGUACUAUCCUGUAUAUUGGCGGAAGACAAAGCGAUUCGGCUUCCGGAACAAAUAUUACUUAUAAAAGGAUGGAUCAGAUUUGGACCUACGAUACAAAUAAAGGUUAUUGGAGGUUGAUCACCACCGUUGGAACCAUCCCUGGAGUGCGUGCAGGUCACAGCGCUGUGCUCGCACCGAGUGGACGUAUUAUUGUUUAUGGCGGUGUAAGCGAUAAUUUACUCACACCAGCAAGUCCUGACUUAGCAGUUCUUGACACUUCAACUUCACCGUUCCAAUGGUCGACUCCAAAUGCCUCAGGAACCCCUCCCCCUGUGCUCGCUUACCACUCUACCACGUUAAUUGAAAAUUACAUGAUAGUUGCCUUCGGAAACAAAACUCAAGGUACAUCGCGUGGUGCAUCGUCCGAUAUUUAUAUUCUUGACAUUACCAGCUACGCAUGGGUGACCGCAUUUAAAUCUAUCUCCCCAACCAAAACAAGUUACGAUACCAUUCAAUCUAGUGAUUUAUCCACGAGUACCCAACCUUCCAGUUCAAAGACUACCUAUAGUAAAUUUAUACCUGUCAACACCGCGUUGAUAUUAGGCGUUACUAUUGGCGCAGUUAUCAGUGUUUCAACAUUAUGUAUAAUAUCUUUCUUGCUAUUUCGACACUGGAGAAAAUAUAGAAAACGCUUUGGCGAUAAACUACCUUUUUCUGAUUCAAUAACUCCUCCAGCAGACAUUCAAAUGCCUGAUCUACAUGAGGGAGGAGGUCGAUAUUGA